AUGAGCUUUUCAAAUGAUAUGGAUGAUGAAUAUGAGAAACUCUUUAGGAGAUUGAAUCCACCCAGGGUCGUGAUUGAUAAUGAAGCUUGCAAGAAUGCUACUGUUAUAAGGGUUGACAGUGCGAACAAACAUGGAAUACUUCUUGAAGUUGUACAAGUCCUUACUGAUCUGAACCUUAUCAUAACCAAAGCUUACAUAUCAUCUGAUGGUGGUUGGUUCAUGGAUGUUUUUAAUGUUACGGAUCAUGAUGGAAACAAGGUUACUGAUGAAGCAAUUCUAGAUUAUAUUACAAAGUCUUUAGGGCCAGAAUCUUGCUUUACAUCUUCUAUGAGAUCUGUUGGGGUUAAACAAUCUAUGGACCACACAGCAAUCGAGUUAACGGGAAGUGACAGACCAGGGCUGCUAUCUGAAGUGAGUGCUGUGCUCGCCCACCUAAAAUGCAGUGUAGUGAAUGCAGAGGUCUGGACACACAAUAUGCGGGCAGCAGCCGUGAUGCAAGUAACCGAUGAGGAAACUGGGUCAGCAAUUACUGACCCAGAGAAGCUAUCUAGAAUCAAGGAACUUCUUUGUAAUGUACUGAAGGGCAGUAACAAAUCUAGGGGAGCUAAGACUGUCGUGUCUCAUGGGGUCACCCAUACUGAGAGAAGGCUUCACCAAAUGAUGUUUGCUGAUAGGGAUUAUGAACGAGCUAACAAUGAUGAAUUGGAUGAGAAGCAAAGACCUGAUGUGAGUGUGGUUAAUUGGUAUGACAAGGACUACUCAGUGGUAACUAUAAGAAGUAAAGAUAGGCCAAAGCUUCUCUUCGAUAUAGUUUGCACUUUGACAGACAUGGAUUAUGUAGUUUUUCAUGCUAAUAUUGAUGCUGAGGGCCCAGAAGCUCAUCAGGAAUAUUAUAUCAAGCAUGUUGAUGGGUCCCCUGUAAAAUCAGAGGCAGAGAGACAAAGGAUUAUACAAUGUCUUGAAGCAGCUAUUGAAAGAAGAGUAUCUGAGGGCUUGAAGCUAGAGUUAUGCACUACAGACAGAGUCGGGCUGCUAUCUGAUGUUACUCGUAUCUUUCGAGAAAAUAGCCUUACUGUCACCAGAGCAGAAGUGACAACCAGAGCAGGCAAAGCUGUCAAUACAUUUUAUGUUAGUGAUGCAUCCGGGUAUCCUGUUGAUAAUAAAACCAUAGAUUCCAUCCGGCAAGCAAUUGGUCAGACCAUACUGAAGGUGAAAGGCAAUUCUGAAGAGUUAAAACCGGCCUCUCAGGAAUCACCCACUAGGUUUCUCUUCGGAGGUCUCUUUAAAUCAAGAUCUUUUGUCAACUUUGGAUUGGUUAGGUCUUAUUCUUGA